CACCAUACUCUGCUGUGGGGAAGCUGUAGAGGUACAUAGAACGACGAGGAGAAUCAUAACAGAGCGAGAGUGCAGGACCAUUUGCGCCUAUUCUUCAUCCAUACAAUGUGUGCGAGGCAUCCAAAGAGCACGGACGGAUUUUUCUUCUUUCGCGAGUUUGAUAUGGAGCAAGAGGGUGUGUGAAAGUUUGUCCCUGGCUCCCCUUUUUCGCGUCGGAAAAACGAGGAAAAAAGUGAUGAAAAAUUAGUGAUAAAUGCAAAAAGAGGUCGUUGAGUAUCGAGUGGUGCAGACUGUCACUAGAAAUUGUUGAAAAUGGGAGAAGGGUUGCUGAACGAAGCUGAGAGCUUCGAGAUGCUGAAGGCUCUGUAUGAUUUUACAGCAGUUUAUCCGAAAACUAUUAGCUUCGACGAGGGAGAGUACUUCAUCCUGCAUCAGACUAGUGCUCGUCAAAGAAAUUGGUGGCAAGUAGUCAGCAUGAAGGGCAAUAUUGGGUUCGUCCCGUCGAAUUAUGUCAUGAAAUUGAAGGUUGACCCAAACUUCCUGAAUGGUUUUCUCGAAUCGAGUAUUGAAUCGCUGCGAAUGUCUACCGAUAAAGAAAUCAACGGCAUUAUUAAUCGCGAUGAGCUCAUUGACCGACUAGUUGAGAAGAAGAUAAAAGUUGAAAAAAUACUAAAGAAUGAGAGUUCAGACAGUGAGGAAGAGCCACCGCUUAAAAUGGGCAAUGGAAGUGUGAAACACCUUGAGGAUCAUUCUUACAGUAGCCACACAGACUCGGCCCCAACACAUAACAACGAACACCACCAUUCGCCGGUUUCAUCGAAGCAUGAAAGUUUAACCAAAAAGUCGCAAUCUAGUCCUGCUGUAGGUGCUGCGAACAAUGUCCCCCAAUUUAUACAGGAAAGCCCUAGUAUGAGUAUUCUCUCGUCCAAACUGAACGCAGAUGAACCACUUACGCCGACCGCUCAGGAGAACAGUUUAGUAUCGGAAGUAUCUGAAGGGGAUGCUACAAAUACCGCUACCACAACUACAACCACUACUACGAGUGACGAAAUUACCGCCAUUUCACGAGGUGACGAAGAAGCUCAGAAAACUGAACUCAUUGCGGAGCCAGAGACCCAAACAGACCAUGAAACAGAACUAGAAACCACCAACAAUGAUGACAUGACCGCCAGUGAAAAUGAGCCACAACCAAAAGAAACCUCGGCAAAAGAAAUCACCAGUGAUCCUGACACAAUUGCUGAAAGCCAGAACUUUAACGAAAUUCCAACAGCAAAAAUUGAACCACAGGACGUGUAUCAAGUGGUAGACGCAAUCCGUACCAAUACGAACCUCAGUCACGAAAUGGCUUGCGUAGCUCUCCGUGUUGUUCUCAGUGAGCUUGAGCCUCUACUGCCUCAACCAAUAGUGAAACACCUUGAACCGAUCGCAGUGCACCUAACGGCGCCUCUGGAUGUACCGGAUGCCUUGCUAGCUCAGACCCAUGACGCGCGUCGUCUGCGAAUUAUCUUUACCGGUCUAUCCGAGUGUAAGAAUGAUUCUCAGCAACGUACUUGGAUGCUCCACGAAGACGAAGCCGAUAUUAGUCGUUAUUUAAGUGAACUCAUUGGAAUCCUAACUGAUGCCGAUCCGAAAAUCUGCCGCAACGAAAUGGGCGUCGAUCACUAUCAGAGCGUUAUCAAUCUAGUCCUGUAUUACCAGAUGGAAACCCGAUGGUCGAUUCGUAAGCUCCUACUGAAGGCUUUCAAAGCGAUGUGUCAUCUCGACUACACAACCGUUGAUAUAUUGCUAGGGUCGGUGUUGCCUUUGGAAAUCGUUCAGGACAUGAUAUCUAACGCAAGAGAUGUGGAGAAACUGCAAGAACUGGCUAAUAUGUUAAUUAUCGUGUUUUCUAUCGGCAGACGAAUGCCAAUCAAUCAGCAAGAACACCUUCGAUCCGACUUCGUAAUCUUCCUAUUAAACAUAAUUGAAAAUCCACCAGAAACGGACGUUCACAACGUACUUUCGGACAUCAUGAUAAAUCUGAUUCUAUCGUUUAAUCUUCAGUUUGAAAACUUCACCGACAACGUCGUACUGGAGGCAAUGGAACAUAUUCAAACAGCUAAAACUUUUACGGAAAAAAUUCUGGUCCUUAUCAACCGAGAAGAGGAUCCAGUUCACACCUUGAAACACACUCCCGCUCACAUAAAUCCGGUAUUGAAAAUGUUGGUAGAUCUAUUCAGUAGACCGGAAACUGCUUCCAUCUUCUACACAAACGAUCAAAACGUUCUGAUCGACAUUCUAGUGCGACAACUGUCGGAUCUUUCCGCCGGCGAACCGAUUCGCAAGUGGUACCUGGAACUGUGUAGGAAAAUCGUCCGUAAUACUUCCUACGUCGAACAGCAACAUCGGAAGCAGGAUCUGAUCAAAAUUUUCACCCGAAUUUUCUGCGAAGAAACCGAAUGCAGUGCUGGGGAUCAGCAGAUCGUACGAGAGAUUGCAAACGAGUUUCCGCAGAUUUUUAAAGCGUGAAAACAGACGUCUUCCAGGAGUGUGCCAUACAACCGCGACGCCAGACCAUUUACUAUGUCCUCAGUAGCAAUAAAACCAACCGAACGGAAAUCAAACAAUCAGCAGAAAAUAGCUACAGGAAAGGUACACUUGUUAUUGGCGAUUGUUUUUUAAGGGCAUGCUUUCCAUCUAAGUUACUACUGAUGGUGAGGUGAAUCAAAUUAUUUUUAUUAGUGAUGGAAGUUUUCAAACCAAAGACAUAGGUUAAGUUACCCUGGAUAACGCCGUAAGCAUAAAAAAACAAAACAAAAAUCGAUUGGUAAUCACACAUACAAAAUCGAGCUGCAAUAUUUACUAUUAAACUACAAUACAUUUGAGUACACCCAUCUAUGGCGAACACAUCAAGUCGAGCAAUGACAUUGACAGUGCCUCUUCGUCGAUUUUCACAUUGCAUCUCCACGACCAGCUUUUUCAACAUACAAUUUGAUGAAAGAAGCUAUUAUCUGGCAUCUAAGACGGCAAACACGACAAGAAACGGAUUUCUAGUCAAGCUAUUAACGCAAGAGAAAGUCGAUGAAGAGAAUCGAUCAAUGCUAAUAAGGACCUAAUGCAUUGUUCAGCUUGAGAUAAGUGAGUUUCAUAGAGAAUGUGAAAACGCUAAUAAAACUGCGCGUUUGCAUUCCAUAAUACCCAUGGAAUAAGUGCGCUAAAGCCACCGUUUAAGUUAAAAAAUAACAAUGUUUAUCCAGCAGAACACCUUCAUGUGUCCCGUGGCAAGUUUAGAUGAACCUUUCAAGCUGGUUUAGGUCCUAAGCAGCGUUGGAAAUAUCGUCAAAAGUUCAUUAUCGCAAGCGAGAUGUUUUCACUAGGGAAAUUAUCGAUUGGAAUUUUGCAAAGCGUUAUUUCCCAAGCGAACUUUCUUGGUUGAGAUUGAGAGUAACUAAUAUCACUCCCACUUUGACUCACCUGCAAGCUAUAGUUUUUUUAUAUUUUUUGCUUUAGCUUCCUUGCACAACUUUUCGUUCCUGAUAUGUGAUGAAAUAGAUCGCGAACUAACUCGUGAACUUUUUUUGUAACUCGUGAGCAGCCUUUGAAGUUUGAAUUGCUGUUAUGAGUAAUGUAAAACAAGAGUUACAGAAAAUGAAAACCUUAUGAAAGUGUAUUAAAAAUGCAUCCUGAAUGUAUACUUCCACCAAUUAUAAGGCACGGGUAGCUCCUACAUGUAUGCAACAUAAAUAUCAUUAUGCAUAAAGCAUAACACCUAAUCUAGAGAAAGAAAACAUCAGCAGAGUAGGUAGCAGAAAUUAAGCGAUAGAAUUUCAUUCUACUCCGCGACGAAACAUGACAUAGGAGACAAGAACCUCAGCUAGCUCGUUUCUCGAUUUUGUGUGAAAUAGGUUGAGAGAGUGAAAUCGGAAUUCUCUUUCGGAAUCGUUUGCUGAACUGUUUCGCACAUCUCGUUUCGUUAAUAGCUAGUUCUUCAGCGAUAUGAUGCUCUGAAGAACUACGAAAGAACUUUUUUUGAAAAUGAACUAACCAACACUGACUCCUAAGCAACAUUGACAUAUUCUCUUCAUCGACUUCUUUUUGCGUCCUCAUGGCUAAGAGUAAGACAUUCCCAGUUAUUUUUUUAGCACAUAGGUCGAUGAAAGAAGCUAUUAUUAUUACGACAAACACGACAAAAAACAGUUCUACACAAAU